CGAAGAGUGUGGGAGAUCGUGAAGAGUUUGUAAACUUUGUUCCAUGAUCUCCCAAGAUUUGUAUGGUCUCGACGAGAUGUUUACUAAACAGCGAGAUAAAUAUUUCUUCUUUAACUCCAUUCAGAUAAACGUCUUUUCAUAUGCACGCGCAAGGCAGAAAAAGAAAAAAGAGAGAGAAAGAGAGAGAAAGAGAAAGAGAAAGAGAAAGAGAGAGAAUCACAAAGAGCGUUGUCCUUUUUCUAAUUAAUCCGAGUUUAUUGAUAACCUUUAGAACAAAUUUAAUGACAAGACACGCCACGUGUGAUAAUAAUAUGAAUAAAAUCAAUCUUAUUGGGAAUCGAUCAUUUAAUAACGCUUAGUAUGAUGAAUACAUUGAAUAAACAAAAUAUCACUAUUUAUCCUAGUAAAAUAACAUUCUGAAACUUUGCAAUUUGUCAUCGAACAAAUCAAGAGAUAAAUAUUUUAUAUCGGUUGCGUCUGCAAUAUAGGAUUAUGAGGAAAUGAAAUAACUUUUCGAGAAUGAAUAACUUUUCAUUAAUCAAAUAAGCAGAGAAAUAAACAAACAAGAUAAGUUAUACUUGACGUCGACGAUUGUGUUUGCAUUAAAAACUCUUAUCAGAUCAAAAAUUUUAAUUGACUUUUUUUUUUCUAAUCGACGAAAUUAAAAAUUUAAUCGAUUUGAUGUCGUUAAAUUUUUGCAAUAAAAAUAUUUAUAAUCGAUGAUACUAUUAUUAUCUGAUACUAUGAUGAUUAAAUCAUCAGAGAUAUCAAAGGUAUAGAUUAUUUUUGAAGAUCACAGAUCAACGAGGACAUUCGAGGUCACUUUCAUAAGAAGAGCAGAUAAAAAUCAUUUUUUCUUUCGGUGACUCCUCUCUCUCUCUCUCUCUCUCUCUCUCUUUUUAUGUACGUGUGCGUUCAGAAGCCGGCGGAAGUUUUGAUGCUUCCCUGGGGAAAACUAUAUGCUAUUCCUUUUUCUUAACUAUUCGAUCGUUGUCCUAUGUAUUCAGGUCGCUAAGUGUUCAGCUGUCGCGUUCUCGUCAUCUUCACGAAACGGCUCGUUCCUCGUGUUUCACGACUUCUUCUCCGCGUGUUAGAGUCAUCCUUCAACGACAGAACACGUUCUGUCUCUCCCUACUUUUCUCUCUCCCUCUUUCCCUCUCUCUUCAUCUCUUUUUGUUUUUAAACCCAUUAAAUCCACGUUUCGAUGUCCUCUCCGUUUAAAUUCUUUGUCCUCCAACCUUAAAACAUCGGAUUCAAUCUGUUCGAGCUGUCGACAGGAUUAUAUCGUUUAUAAAACUCCAAUAAAGUUAACGACCGAUGAUCGUGACUUCGUAAUAAUUCUCGAAGAAGGAAUUAAACAGAAAAGAACAAAAAGAAAAAAAAAGAAAAACAACGAACGACGAUCGUGUUGAAGGUGAAUCAAUGAAAAGAUUCGCGCGAUAAAUUGGAAUUUUCGAAAAAGUUGACGCGUAUGUUUUUUCUCGAGUGAUGCGUACGAUAAAGCUCGGAUGAGAAUCGAUUGAAAAAAAGGAAGGAAAGAAAAGAAAAAAAUACAAAAGAGCGAAAGAAAAAGAAAGAAAGAAAGAAAGAAAGAAAGGAAUAAUCAAAGAAAGAAAGAAAUCUUUCGAGUUCGGACUUUCGAAGUGCCGUCGCGACGGUGGAGGAGAAAGAGGUAAAUCGUCUCGGGAAGAGGUACGACGAAGCAGCAACUGUGGAGGGUCUUUCCGUUUACUGGGAGGAUUUCGUCGAGCAGCAUCGUGUAAAUGCAGCUACGGCGGCGAACAUCUUUAUGAACUACUCCGCACAAGACAGGACCAGAAUGGUUUCGCACGUCAUUCCUGUCUCCGGGGAGCUACAACAGGGUAACGGUAGCCUAGGUACUGCAGGACUAGGCAGCAUACAGGACUCUCCUCACUCCUUAAAAAUAAAACAGGAGCCUUUUCAGCUGUCUCCUCCUUCGCCACUUCCGCCUCUUCAUCAAGUGAGCAGUUUUAUGUCGGAUCUACAAAAUGGUUACAUGAUCAAUGCUUCGAAGGAUCUGGAAUCUUCCGUAUCUACUGGUAUCAACAAAAGUCUGACUACUCAUCAUCCGUCCUUGAGUCUUCAUCAUUCUCAUCAUAGCUUGCACAGUCCUAAUUCGACGAUUUCGAUGCACUCUACACCAUCACAACAACAACAACAACAACAACAACAACAACAACAACCGCAUCAUCAUUUGGAAGACAAAGUGUCUUCGCCAAAUGGAGGACUUCAUAGUUCAACGACUAAUAGUAAUCCUUCGACACCCUCUGCCCCAUCAACGCCUACUGCUGGCACUGACAACAGUGCUGGCUCGAAUACAGCUGCUGUAACGAAUAAUAAUAAUAAUAGUAAUGGUAAUGCUGCUUCAACUACAGCCAGCAAGCCACCUUUCAGUUACGUUGCUCUGAUAGCGAUGGCGAUACAACAUAGUGCACAAAAAAGGGCGACCCUUAGCGAAAUUUAUGCUUACAUCACCGCC